CAAAACGACACCAAAAAGAAAAGGGCUAGAGAGAAAAAAUUGGACCAUGAAAUCUACUUGCAAUGUGUUUGACCUUGGCAGACACACUGUUGAGUUCCUGAUAAUUGAGACUGAAGCUGAGAAAAGUAGUUGUAGCUCUUCUUCUUCUUCUUCUUCUUCUUCUUCUUCUUCAACUUCAAUUUCAUACUUGAGACCUCCAAAGCCAUUACUAGUUGCAGCUCCAAGUGAUGGAGGAGAGUUUGAGUUCCCUGUGGUUAUAUUGCUCCAUGGAUAUCUACUCAACAAUUUCUUCUACUCUCAGCUCAUGAAACAUGUGUCUUCUCAUGGUUUUAUUGUUAUAGCUCCUCAGUUAUACUCAAUAGCAGGCCCAGACUGUGAAGAAGAAAUCAAUUCAGUAGCAAAACUAACAGACUGGCUCAUCAACAAUCUGACUCAAGCUCUCAAAGGCAUCAAACCAAACCUAGCCAAGCUCGCGAUCUCUGGCCACAGCCGCGGUGGAAAAGUCGCUUUUGCCCUCGCCUUAUCUCCCGCCAAAACCAAGCUCAAAUUCUCAGCACUCAUCACCAUCGAUCCUGUCGAUGGAAUGGACAAAGGAAAGCAAACAAACCCACCAAUCCUCACCUACAUCCCUCACUCUUUCGAUCUUCAAAUAGCGACGCUGGUGAUUGGUUCGGGGCUCGGGGGCUUGAAGAAGAAUGUGGUGUUUCCUCCUUGUGCGCCAAAGGGAGUGAGCCAUGAGGAUUUCUUCGAGGAGUGUUGUGCUCCUUCAUGGCAUUUUGUUGGGGAGGAGUAUGGGCACUUGGAUGUGUUGGAUGAUGAGACUAAGGGACUUAGAGGGAAAUUAUCUUAUUGUUUGUGUAAGAAUGGGAAGGAGAGAAGGGCAAUGAGGGAGUUUGUGGGUGGAGUUAUGGUUGCAUUCUUGAGAGGGUAUUUGGAUGGUGAGAUGAAGGAUUUGGAGGCUAUUAGGGAAAAUCCAAAGCUUGUACCAAUCGAGUAUUCAGUUGAUAGUUUUGUUUAAAUAGGGUAUAGUCAAUAGGCUUUUGGUAGAACUAAUGUUUGCUUCUGUGUAUGAUUUAUAAAUCUACACAUAUACAUCUCUUUUGUAGAAGACAUUUAAACUAGUAUUAGCACAUAUAUCACAAAUUUUCAGCUAAUAAUUGU